AUGGCGCAGAAUGUCGAGCACGUGCUCAUUGCUGCCAACAACAUACUGCGGGAAGCAGGCAUCAACAUAACGCUCCAGACGAUCCUCAUUACGACCGUAUCAUGUAUCGCACCUGUGAUACUUUUACUCCUUCUUGCCGCCCUUAAAUCGCCAGCAUCACUGCCAUCGCCAGCAGGCUGCAGGAAACUCGGAAUCCGAGGACGUAGCAACCUGGAAGACCAGUACUCGAAAAGAUAUGCCAAGGGCAGCGACCCCACCCCACAGAAGCCAUGGACAGUGAAGGCACUCUUUGUCUACCCGCUAAAGUCAGGCGCACCUGUCGAAUUGGAUAAGAGUGAUAUCGAUCGUACAGGGCUGAAGUAUGACCGCCAAUUUACUCUUGCCCAACAAGUCACGAGUCUGCCUACGCUUGACGGAAAGGUCACAAGUGAAUGGCACUUCAUGACCCAAAGAAAGUUCCCUCGCCUCGCUAAAGUCGAGACUGAGAUUUGGGUACCUGACCCUUCGGCUAGAGGCUACAAAGAAGAUGGAGAAUGGGUAAAGAGCGAUGGAUGCCUGAUAAUUCGGUUUCCUUUUUCCCCCGACACGGAUUUCACUUUGGAAGGCUUGAUAAACUACGGAAGGAUUAUGUUGGCGAAAUUGAGCCGACAAUCGGAGCCGACGCUGGAGUUCAGAGUACCAUUCAACCCUCCACAAGAGAGGAUAGAGAAAAAGGGAUAUCGAAAUGAAGUCCUGCGCAUCUGGAAGGACAGCCCAGUAGCACUCAACGUUAGCUCGGAAAUUGACCGCGAGGUAUUCGAGAAGCUGAGGUAUACUCUCGGUGCGGCAAAUCCAAUUGCGCUGUUCAGGAUUGAUGCAAAUGCUUACCGAGAGGUACACAAAUGUGCGCCUAAGAAGGGAGACGUUGGGUUUGAGACGGUCAUUGGAAUGCAUGACUCGUACCCUGUUCACAUCUUGAACCUCGCCUCUGUCCACGACGUAGCAUCUAAGCUUCCCAAUCCCUCCUCCGAUUUUGGGGAAAUCUGGCAGCGGCAUCUUACCCUCCUUGACGCCUUACGCUUCCGCGCAAACAUCUACAUCACUGGACCCCCUGCUUUUGCUGAGGAUAACUGGAAGAAGGCGAAACUUACUUCAUCCGGUUCUACAUCCUCCCUAGACAUGCACAUCUCCUGUCGGACAACAAGAUGCAAAUUGCCAAACGUUGACCCAAAAACCGCUAUAGCCGACAAGAAUGAGCCAUUGACCACAUUGAGGAGUUACAGGAUCAUCGACCAAGGAUCCAAGAAUGCCUGUUUGGGUAUGCAAGUCACGCCAUUGAAUAUGGGAACCGUCGCGGUAGGCGACAAGAUCGAAGUGCUAGAAACUGGCGAGCAUUUCUUUGAUGGAGGCGAGGGAAAGAAGGUUGAUGGUUGA